AUGACUAAGAAAUGCGAAUUGCAAGAUAAGGCUAUGAAAAUUUUAAUGGAUAGCGCGACAAAUGAUCCGCUAAAGCCUAAAUUCAAAGAAUUAUUGAAGACUUUGCUUGCAAACAAAAGUUCUCUCUUUGUUUUAUUAGAUUGUAUGCAAAAGAGAAACCAAAUGCAAUUCAGCAUACAGAUAUUCGAUAUUCUUGCAGGACAUUUUGCGAAAUCACAGUUUAAUGAAGAGGAUUCUCAACGAAUUGCAAAUUCAUUCAUCUCAAUCAUAAAUUCAGAGCUUCCUUCAAACAUAAACAAACUCGAUAUCAAUACAAUUAACUAUUUACAAUCAUCUGCAUCAGCUGCGCAGUAUUUUUCUUCUUAUUUUAAAAAUGUCGAAACAACUAAUCAAUAUGUCUUAACAUUUCUCAUCUUUAUUUACGUUUUCACACACAAUACAGUACUGAAAGAUAAAGUAAUGCCAAUAAUGAAUCAAAAAUUAAUUUAUAAUGUGACUUCAUUAGCAAUUUUACGCUCAUUACCUAAUUCAGAGUUAAAAGAACAGCCUACAGUACGCGCUUUAUCAUCUGUUUUUAAGAGCUCUUGCGAUAAUAAUUUAGGAGAUUACACAAUUCCAAUAAUUCUCUCAUGUUUGCCACAUUACAUUAAUGAAACAUUAUCAAAAGAGUGCGCAGCAAUGAUACCUCUCAUACUUAAAAAGCUAAAACGCGAUAAUAACAACAUGAUUCAAUUUUCUCGAUUUUUAUUCCCUUUAUUUGAGUUUAACGAGACAUUUACAGUUGUCAAAGCUGCGAGCGAUGACAUUCUACAAGCAUAUAUCACAACAGUUAACGAUAACUCUCAAAUAAAUUCUACAGCCGAAUUAUCAGAUCCAUUGACAUAUGUGAAUAGCCAAGUAGCAAGUUCAUUUAUCAAACUAUGUGCUGCUCUAUCAGUUAAUAUAGGUUUACUCUUCCAAACCAAAACAAUUUCAUAUCCGACCGGAGUUUUGUUACUUUCUAUAUAUGUAGCACGAAUGAUCUCAAUAAAUGAGUUCGAUAGAUGCGAUAGAGAAGCAAUGAUUGGUGAUUUAUUGAGUGUUUGUCCUAAAUCAUCAUCUAAUUUCCAUUUAUUGAUAAUUUUAAGCGGUUACUUCGUAGUUGGAUUUAAUUCCAAACGAGGACUUGAAGUAUUAGUUGAUGGUCUUCAAAUGAACUCUCGGCAGGCUUGCAAUUGGAUGGUUUCGGAUGAAAUGCCAUAUGACACUGUUUUUCCUGUUUUAGCAACGAAUUUUGAUGCCGACAAAAGUUGCGAAUUAUAUCUACACACGUUGAUCUCAUUAAUUAAAUCGAAUGUUCCUCAGAUACCCGAUGAGAUGCCAUUUGAUGAUAGUGUAACAGCUUAUUCCGAUUCCAAUUUCGAGUUCAUUUAUGGAUUGAACAAAUUUGAUUCAGAUACAAUGGACAUUUCGGAUCUCCAAGGUGUUCCAACUCCAUCGACAACAUUGUUUUGUCACGUGAUAUCUAAAUACGUGAAUCAUCCAGAGCUUGGACCUUUAUUACCUUUGGCAGCAGCAACUGUUUCUCAACAGUUCGCAAUAGAUUUGACGAAAAACAUGAAACAACAAAAAAGAAAAAGAUCAAAAAUGGAAUUGAUCGCGAGUUAUUCGAAUGCUUUGUCAUCAUUAGAUCUACAGACAUUGCAUUCAUUAGCACAAACAUUCUUAUUACUAAGUCCAGGAGUAUCAAUGCUCUUCUUGGCCGUUUCUUUGCAGAGACUACCAUCGGAAGCCAUCAAAAGAAUGAUGCAGAAAACUUCAGUUUUUGCAACAACAAAUCCGGAAAGUUUUGCAAAAAUGAUAGCUUUAGUUGCUCAUUCUCAUCCAGAAAUAGCUUUGAACUUCUUGGAUACAUACACAGAACAGAACAUUAACAAGAGAAGAGUCUUUUUCUUCUUGAGAAGUAACCCAGAAGACAACGAACAGAGUUAUAUUGCGACUUUUCAAUCAAUUGGGUACUUUUGCAACUUUGUAGACAAUGGAUUCUUUAUUAAUGACUUUCUUCCGUUUGCUACGAGGUUCUUGAACAAACAUUUGACCCAUCAAUCCAAAUCUUAUCAGUUUAAUUCCGCACAAUUAAAUGCGAUUAGAAGAAUCAGCUCAAGAUUGGUUAAAUACCAAGACGACCAUAACGACCACAUAUUCCCCUUCAAGGAUUUCUUAGUCCAGUUCGUUUGUUCUUUGUUUAUGGAUGUUGGUGAUCAAAUUUUGACUGGAACUUCCCCGGCCAAUCAACCAAACAACCAAACAACCACCAAUAAAUCGACCAAGACUAAUUCCAAUAUAGUAGUUAUCAUACUACAAACACUUACCAGCCUAUUGCCUAUCCAUCCUAUUAGAAUUAAUGAUAAACACGACAGAUCUCUAGAAUUAAUUGUAUUAAUUCUACAAAACGUUACAGGAGAUGAGUUCAAUUCCAUUUUCAAAGCUGCAUCUGCUUUUAUAUUAGAACUAUUACGAACAAAUCCAACAGUUUUAGUUCUAAACUCCAUUUUAGGUCCAAUUUUCCAAAAUCUUUUGAAUACAAAAGAAUGGAGACCGAUCUGUAACUUACUAAGCCAGAUAACGAGCCAAUGGGAAUCCGUGAAGAUAGUACAAGGUGGCCCUUAUCUUUCCCAGUUAGUUACAUCGAUUUGUCCGAUGUUGACGAAUAUUUUACCUCUGUUGCCAAGUGACAUGGGAAACAUCGCGAUAAAUUGUGUGGAAAACUUGUGUUCUCUGCAAUGCGCGAUAAGGAACCAGAUCCUCAGCCUCCCAAGAUCAAUAAGACCUCCAAUGCCAUCAACAGAAUUUGCAGAUUCAGAUGAAAGGUGUCAUAUCGGUUGUCAGUUCACUUCUAAAAAUCUUUUGACUUCACAAGUCUUUGACAUCAUCAAGGGACUUUUGGAGAUUGUUUCCAAUGACAAGAGCCUCGAUGAACACAUGAGAGGAUGCAUUUUGGCUGCAACUUUCUUGUUGCAAGAAAGAGGAAAUGAAGAAUUCAGAGAUGAUGCAAAAAUUGUGUCACUUUUGACAAAAUUGUUAAAUAAAAGUGACAUAAUUUUAGACAUCUCGUUGAGAGCGUUCAAAGUAUUAUCAGGAAUGCGAUUCUUCUCAGUUGUAUCCAGCUUGAUCGCAAAUAAAUCAGAAGUUGAACCAUUUGCAUCAAAAAUUAUCACUUCACUUUUAGAAAAUGAGAAUUCUGAGAUGCAAUUAUUGACUGUUGUUUGCGAUAUGAGCUGUGAUGAGUCACAGGAGAAUUCAUGGUUCUCGACAGCAGCAUUUCCUUUAUUAGGAAAAGCUGUUAAAGAAUCAUCUGAUGAACAAUGGGCAAAAAUUUUCAUGGGUGUUGCAAAACACACAAAAGAUUCAAAUUCUAGUUUGUUCACUUCACUUUUCGGUUUCAACAACAUGACAGAGAUCUUAGAAAACGCAGAAGAAGAAAGACCAUUAGUUUUCACAAUGAUCACUUCACUUUUGCCAGAAGGAUUUGACUCUUAUUUUUCACUUUUAAGUUUGGAAUUAGCUGCAGCUAGUGUUGAGAAUUGCAAUGCUUUGUUGGGUUAUUUCUUCACUGAUUUAAGAGUUGCUGAUGACCAAACAUUCGAGCACUUGAUUGUUAUUCUUAAGAAACAUCCGUUCGAGAGUUGGCGUGAACAAGCGAAUUAUUUGGCCAUUUUAAUUGCAGACAACGUUUUCAGUUCACAAGUUGCAAUGAAAUGUGCUCAUGCAUACAUUGAUUCAUGUGAUGAUGACUCAUUAACGUUUAUAUGGUCAUCAAUCAUCUCUCAUGUCAUAUCUGAUUUCGAUAGAUGGCUCAGUUUAAUUGACGAACUCAGUUACAGAGUUGACGCUGUUGCUUUCGGACCAAUUAUUCCUUUGUUGGUUGUUCACGCGAAAAACACUGUUUGUGCAAAAGUUCUUUCAUUAAUUGCAGAGAGAGUUUGCAAGGGAGGAAAUGAAGAUGUUGUGAGCAAAGUUUUGAAGAGUGACAUCUACAAACACAGUGAUUUAAUCAGUGAAUUCUCUUCGAUGUUGAAGAGAGGAGAUCAUUGCGCUGAAUCUGUUGCAGCUCUCGCAAUUUUGUGCGAAAAUGUUGUUGAUAGUAAUAUCUAUGCAAUUGAGGCUAUAAUUGAUGAAGCAAUUAGAAUGGAUGGAAAUGAAGAUAACUGCGCAAUAUCUGUUUUACAAGGUUUGCUUUUAUAA